ACAAGGUUGAUCGAUCUCACUCUUACACAUACCUCUCCGCCCGAGAUCAUUCACAUCACAAACGUUUCACCAUGGCAGAAGAAAAAGGCAAUCGUGCCAAUGUCGACUCCGACUCCGACCGUCUGGAUGCCCUCAAUCGAUUCCGCUCCGCAGCGAGCAUCAGCAUGACGCCCGAGCUGUUUGAGAAGCUGUAUUUGGCGCCGCAGAGCAAAGUAAAGGGACAGCUGAGAGAUACGUUUGGAAAUCCAACACCAAUUGCUCUUGUCGGUUUCCUCAUGUCUUUGACGCCAUUGUCAUGCGCUCUCAUGGGCUGGCGCGGUGCAGGUGGUGACGGCGCGGCAACAAUCCCCGUGUACUUCUUCCAAGGCGGAAUCCUCAUGACCCUCGGCGGCCUUCUCGAAUGGAUUCUCGGCAACAGUUUCCCCGCCGUUGUAUUUUGCACAUUUGGUACAUUUUGGCUUUCUUACGGCGGAGUGUUAAAUCCUUCCUUUGCGGCCUUCUCUUCAUUCGCGGGCGAGAAUGAAGCUGGUGCAGAGGGACUGAAAACAACUGGCUUCAAUGCCAGUUUAGGCUUCUGGUUUCUCUUCAUGGGUCUACUCUGUAUCAUAUUCCUCGUCUGCUCGCUACGCACCAACGUUGCCUUCUUCGUCAUCUUUCUCAGCCUGACGAUUGCUUUUGGACUUUUGACAGGAGCGUUCUGGGCAAUGGCAGAGGACUUUGUUGGUAAUGCUGACUAUGCUCACAAACUACUUGUGGGCGCUGGUGCUUCGACUUUUGUGACGUGUUUGGCUGGGUGGUACAUCCUUUUAGCUAUUGCGCUGGCCAUUGUCGAUUUUCCAAUUCAGAUUCCUGUAGGAGACUUGAGCAAUGUGGUUAAGGGGAGAUCUAUUAGAGAGCGAUAGUAAUGAGGGUGAUAAGCUUCUUCUUCCAAAAGUUUGUUAUCUACAAUUGUAAUCUCAUUCUCAAACCAUCGAUAUAUGUGGAAAUAAAUCAGCUAUUGCAGGGAAGACAUCUGGGAUGAUCUUUAGGUAUAGUUUGACGCCGAAGAUGUAUAGCACUGUCUUUUUCCACUCAAGAGAAGGUUGUGAG